AUGCAGCCCGAUCUGGAAAAAGACCGCGUGUCGCCCUCCGUCCGCAGCCUCGCCCCGUCGUCGGACGACACAGACCACGCCCAUCCACCACCGCCACAGUCACCAGGCUACCGCACGACGCUGCGGUCAAGAUACCAGCGCUGGGCGCGAUGCAUCAAGGGGCUGGAGAACCGCGGCAUCGAGCCGAUCCCGCUCGACGAGCGCGUCAAGCCCGACACCAAACACAUCUUCCACAUGUUCCUGAUGUGGUUCAGCAUGGGCAUGGCCCUGAACAACAUCGUCGUCGGGUCGAUCGGCACGCUCGUCAUGCAUCUGAGCUUCACCGACGCGGCCCUCUGCGCCGUCUUUGGCAAUCUGCUGGGCGGAUUGGCCAUUGGGUAUAUGAGUACUUGGGGGCCGCGAAGUGGCAACCGCACGCUUAUCGUCGCCCGCUACUUCAUGGGCUACUACCCCAGCAAGAUCUGCUGCGUGCUGAACGUGCUGACGAACCUGGGCUACGGCAUGGUCAACGCCAUGGUGGGCGGCCAGCUGCUGUCCAAGAUCUCCGGCGGCAGCGUGUCCGUCGUCGUGGGCAUUGUCAUCGUCUCGCUGGCGAGCUUCGUCAUGGCCACCUUUGGCAUGUCCAUCUUCCAGUACUAUGAACGAUACGCCUGGUUCCCGCAGUUCAUCGUGCUCUGCGUGCUGACCGGCUCAGCCGGCCCGCAGUUCGACCUGCACACCGUAUCAUCCGGCACGGCAACCGAAGUCAACACCAAGCGCGCCGCGUUCUUCUCGCUCUGCCUGUCCGUCGCGCUGGCAUGGGUGCCCCUCGCCGCCGACUACUACGUGUACUUCCCGCCGGACAUCAGCCGGUGGCGGACCUGGACGGUCACAACCGUGGGCGGCAGCCUGUCGAUGUGCGUGACGCUGUUGCUGGGCGCGGGGCUGGGGUCGGGGGUGGCGCACACGGCGCGGUGGGCGGAGCUGUACGACGGCACGCCGGGCAGCCUGCUGAUGGCCGGGUACGAGCGGCUGGGGGCGUUUGGGAAGCUGUGCGCGGUGGUGAACGUGGUGACGGUGGUGUCGAACAACGCGCCGGGGUCGUACUCGAUGGCCAUGAACUUCCAGAUGCUCGGCGACAUGUGGCGCAAGAUCCCGCGGCCCGUGUUUACCGUCUUCACGACCGUCGUAUACAUGGCCUGCGCCAUCGGCGGCCGCAACUUCCUCUACGACAUCUUCAAGAACUUCCUCCCGCUCAUCGGGUACUGGGUCGUCAUCUGGUUCACCAUCAGCGUGCUCGAGGACCUGAUCUUCCACCGCUGCAAGCACUACGACUGGGGUGCGUGGAAUGACCGCCAGAAGCUGCCCGUCGGCAUUGCGUCGACCGCGGCGUUUCUAAUCGGCUGGGCUGGUGCUAUUGUCGGCAUGAACCAAGUCUACUAUACCGGCCCCGUCGCCCAGCUAGUCGGUGACAGCUGUGAUCUGGGGAUCUGGCUGGGUAUUGGCUUCACCGGGGUGGUGUUUCCACCGCUGAGGUUGUUGGAAUUGAAGAUUGUCGGUCGGUGA